AUGAAACAAAAUAAGCUGUAUGUAGACGAAAUGCAGCGAUUAUAUGCAGUCGUUUGCUGCUUAGGGGUGGCCUUGGCCUCCCCCCCUUUAGCUAAGUCUAGGGAGGAAAUCCAGGCUUUUAGGAGUUUCUUGGAAAAUACCCAGAAGGAGAAUGCUGGUCUAUCCCGCAAGACCUCCCCCAUUAACGGGGUCUCCCCCCUAUUAGGCAACCCGGAGGAGAACAGCGGCAAGUUCGAAGGCGACAUCGUGCUAGACGACUGGCAGAUCGAGGCUAUGGUGCAAGAGUAUGCCAUGGGCCGUAACGCGUACACCUGGCCUGAUACCAAGUGGCCGAACAACACUGUGAUUUGGGAAUUCGUUGAGGGAGAAUUUGGACCCCUGCAGUCAGCGGCCAUCGAAGAGGGUAUCGCAGACAUUGAGCGUCACACUUGCAUCAAGUUCCGCUACCGUGAGCCGAGCGACACCGCUUACGUCAGUUUGACUGGUGACCCCGACGGUUGUUACGCCCAUCUCGGCUACUGGGAGCCCAAAGGCGCCCACACCUACAACCUGGCCCGCAACACCCCUGGAGUCGGCUGCUUCCGCCACGCCACCAUCGUGCACGAGUGGUUGCACAUCCUCGGAUUCUUCCAUAUGCACUCUACCCAUGACAGAGAUGACUACGUCAGAAUCGCCUUUGAGAACAUCCAACCUGGCAUGGAGCACAACUUCAACAUCCAUGGUUCCGACAUCGUGUCCAACUACGGAUUGCCCUAUGACUACGUGAGCUGCCUGCAAUACAAUGCCUAUGGGUUCUCCAUCAACGGUCUUCCUACCAUUGUAGCUCUCCAGGACCACGAGGGUGUGAUGGGUCAACGUGAGUACAUCACCGACAUGGACUGGAUCCGCGUCAACCGCCACUACAACUGCCCCGGCGCAUGGGACUAAACAUAAUCUUAUUUAUACUUUCUAUGUCAUUAACGUAGGAUGAAAGAGAUAUGACCUGUCUCAAAAUAUCGCGGGUAUAACGUCUACAUCUAUAUUCCGGAUUCUAAUAAAGUUUUGUUAAACUUAAAAAAAA